GCCAGAGGUGCCCAGCUGCUCCCCCCUUUGCCGUGUGGGGGACUGGGCACCCAGAGGGCAUGGAUACUUCCAUUCUUAACUAGGUCAUGCCUGCGCGAGCCAGGGAAGGGCUGUGUUUAUGGGAAACUACAAAUACUGUGGGUGACUGUCCCCUCCCUGGUGUCAUCUACAUUUUUUGGGCGUGGACACUGUGAGUAUAAGAAACUUCUUAUGGAGGUGGAGGUAGAGCCAGAUCUCAGAGGUCCUGAGGUAGUCACCAUGGGGGAAAAUGACCCACCCGCGGCGGAGGCCCCCUUCUCCUUCAGAUCACUUUUCGGACUUGAGGAUUUGAAAAUAAGUCCUGUUGUACCAGACGCAGACGCGGUCGCGGCGCAGAUCCUGUCCCUGCUGCCACUGCGUUUCUUCCCCAUCAUCGUCAUUGGGAUCAUUGCCCUGAUACUGGCGCUGGCCAUCGGGCUGGGCAUCCACUUCGACUGUUCUGGAAAGUACAGGUGUCGCUCGUCCUUUAAGUGCAUUGACCUGACAGCUCGAUGCGACGGGGUCUCCGACUGUAGAGACGGGGAGGACGAGUACCGGUGUGUCCGCGUGAGCGGCCGGAACGCCGUGCUCCAGGUUUUCACAGCUGCUGCCUGGAGGACUGUGUGCUCUGACGACUGGAGAGGUCACCACGCUAACGUCGCCUGUGCCCAGCUGGGCUUUCCAAGCUACGUGAGUUCGGACACCCUCAGCGUGGGCUUGCUUGAGGAGCGGCUCCGGGAGGACUUUGCGUCCGUCAAUCAUCUCCUGCCCGACGACGAGGUGACAGCUCUGCACCAUUCCGUGUACGCGAGGGAGGGCUGCGCCUCGGGCCGUGCGGUCACCUUGCAGUGCACGGUCUGUGGUCUGAGAAUGGGCUACAGCUCACGCAUUGUGGGCGGAAACGUGUCCUCGCUCAUGCAGUGGCCGUGGCAGGCCAGCCUUCAGUUCCAGGGCUAUCACCUGUGCGGGGGCUCCGUCAUCACCCCCGUGUGGAUUGUCACCGCCGCGCACUGCGUCUAUGACCUGUAUCUCCCCAAGUCCUGGACGAUCCAGGUGGGGCUGGUGUCCCUGCUGGACAGUCCCGCGCCUUCCCAUCUGGUGGAGAAAAUCAUCUACCACAGCAAGUACAAACCCAAGAGGCUGGGAAACGACAUCGCGCUCAUGAAGCUGGCCGGGCCGCUCACCUUCAGCGACAUGAUCCAGCCGGUCUGCCUGCCCAACUCCGAAGAAAACUUUCCUGAUGGAAAAAUGUGCUGGACGUCAGGAUGGGGGGCCACAGAGGAUGGAGGGGAUGGCUCCCCCGUCCUCAACCACGCAGCCGUGCCUUUGCUCUCCAAUAAGAUCUGCAACCACAGAGACGUGUAUGGUGGCAUCAUCUCGCCCUUCAUGCUCUGUGCCGGCUACCUGAAGGGUGGCGUGGACAGCUGUCAGGGCGACAGCGGGGGGCCGCUGGUGUGUCAGGAGCGGAGGGUGUGGAAGCUGGUGGGAGUGACGAGCUUCGGCAUCGGCUGUGCCGACGUGAACAAGCCCGGGGUCUACACGCGCAUCACCUCCUUCCUGGACUGGAUUCACGAGCAGAUGGAGAGAGACCUGAAAACCUGA